AUGGGAAUAGCGGGCAGAAAUGGUGGUGGCGUUGGACGUGGAAGCAGGUUAGGCCUGGGCCCUGGAUAUUUCUCCAAUCGUUUUGGUGUAGGACCAGGAAAUGGACUUCGAGGAGCAAAUGGUGGUCGUAGUGGGUCUGGAAUAGGUGUCGGAGUAGGGAUAGGUAUAUCUACAGCUGGAAAUCGUGGUUUCCGUACAACUGGAUAUCCAUUUAGGGGGGUUUCUGGAGCUGGCAGGUUUGGACUUGGAUCCGGUAUAGGAGUGGGAAUUGCUCAGCGAAAUAUUAGAGGUCCCAUACUUCUUCCGUCUGGUGGUUUUGGUUCUGCCGGUGCUAAUUCCAGACUAAGAACAAGUGCUAGAGGUUUAGGAAUUGGUACUGGUUUAGGAGUUGGAUCUGGAAUUAACAUUGGAGCAGAGCGAGGGCGAGUCAUCACACCACCAGGUGUUAUGACCAAUUUUGGGGAACCUAUUUCUGGUACUGGUUCUAGAUCAGGGAAUGGUUUAGCCACAGGGUUUAGGGAUAGAGGGUUUGCAAAUGGUGGACAGAUUAGAGGUGUGGGACACGCAGGUAAUGGACUUCAAAUAACUAGGGGUACCAGAUCGGGAGUAGGUAUUGGCGUAGGUGUAGGUGUUGGAAUUGGUGUGGGUGGAGGGUCAAGCGUUAGAAGGUCAGGUGUUCAGGUUCCAGGGCUAAUUGCUGACACUGGGUUUGGGAUACCCACGUAUGGUACAGGUAUUAAUGGAAUUAGUGGUGUGGGGUUGGGGGUAGGUGCCGGUGGUUCAAAUGUUGGUGUUGAAAGUGGCAUUGGUGGACUACACACUAAUGGUCAGAUGAUCGGUGGUGCUGGUGGUGGUAGUUUUGGUAUGGGCGUUGGUUUAGGAGUAGAAAUUGGGGGUACAGUUGACGUCUCUGGGAAAGAAACAACAGCUGGUAAUAUACUGUCUAUGGGUGGAUCAAAUAACAUCAUAGAAGUUAUUGGCCCAUUUUUUGGAUCGUCUGGGAUUGGCACAGGGUCAAAGCUAAUUCAAGGUUUUGAUAUAUCAAUGCUAGAGGUACAGGGGGUUGGCGCUGGUCCAUAUUCAAACACUGGCAUGGUGAACGGAGGAGGCAAUGGGAUGGGUAUUGUGAUGGGUUCCACCAGUCAAGGUGGUAAUGCACUUGGCAUUCCAUCAGGAAUCGGACUCGGUUCACAAUCUUCAGGUAUGGGGACUGGAGGAAACGGGCAUGCAUCUGGAACAUCAAUAGGAGGUAAUGGAGGUGGAAGUGCAGGCGGUGGUGUAUUCGGGUAUCUUGGUGGCGGUGGAGGAGGAGGAGGCUCCGGUUUCGUGGGAGAUUUUGCCUCCAGUCUUGGACGAGAUGUUCAUCAUCCUAGAGGAUACAACGUUACUAAUAACAUAAUAAUAGGUCCCGACGCAGAGGUCUCGGAAAAUUCGUUAUUUGGAAACUCUGGACACGGCACAAUUGUAUAG